CAUAUCCACAGCUCGGAUGUUGUGGGGAAAGCAUGUAGAUCAAAUCUAUGAAAAUCUUCAAGGAUAGCCGUCAAUUCCUUCAUUGACUUCACCACUAGACGCCUCUAUGUGGAACUGAUGGAUCUGAAAUCUGAAGAUGCAUAGUCGCAAAUCCUUGACUAAAGAAUCGCUGUUUCAGCUCAUCUACGCAUCCACAGAGGCACAUGAAAAGUACUUUGUCCUGCCGAAAUGGGGUGACUGCCUCCAGCCUCAGUAUAAUAGUCGCCAUGUCUCCAUGUCUGCUGCCUCCCCAUAUUUCUCAUCAGACAAGUCAGAGACAAUGGCAUCCCCCAAGCAGCUCCUAUGCAGGCUGGUGGACAUGUCCUCCCAAGCCUCCCGGGUGAUACCGCAUAUAAUCGCCAGCGAUAUUACCUGCGCAACGCGUCCAAGCCACGUUAGAGGAGUGUCCGAUGCUCUCCAGAAAAGCGGCAUCCUCAAAGUCAGCCUGCAGUUCCCCGACGACAGGAGCCAGUAUCUCCAAAACCUCAUCCUGAGUCUCCACAGACACCACGGCCAUGGACUACCGAUUACCCACAGCGCAUCCCGCGGCUGGUUCUGGGAUAUUCGGCCAAAUAGCGUAAUGUUCCAGACGCCAUCGCACCAGGCCCGCUCAGAGACAAUGCAGGAUUUCCCCUGGCACACUGAUUGUAGCUACGAAGAGGCACCGCCUAGAUACUUUGCGCUGCAGGUGUUGAGAGAGGAUCGAUGUGGCGGCGGUACGCUCUCAGUCAUGAACGUGGGAAAGCUCACCACUCUUCUCUCGCCGCCGGCGCGCGCCGUCCUGCAACGACCUGAGUUCUGCAUCACGGUGCCACCCGAGUUCGUGAAAGAGGGUGGCAAGAAGCAUAUCAUCGGUGGAUUAUUGGCGCGUGAUGCGAAUGGAGCACCGAGUAUGGUCCGUUUCCGCGAGGACAUCACGACUGCUCUAAGUGUGGAGGCGGGGGCGGCGCUGGCAGAGCUGAAAAGCUGCUUGAUGAGCGCAGAAGUGCAGGCGCAGACGGUCCAUCUGACCCCGGACUGCUUGCGUAUGGGAUCGGUAGUUCUGCUGGACAAUUGUCGCUGGCUUCAUGCACGGACGGAGGUCCGAGACCCUGAGCGCCACCUGCGUAGGGUUCGGUGGGAUGCGAGAUCCUUUUCCCCUGUUUGUAUAUAGCAUUCUUGUAUUACGACUAGUGAGGAUCUACAUAGAAUAAUGUAACAUUCUUCUGAAAAAG